GGCGGGAGCAGAACGCCUCCGGCGGCGGGUUGGGCCCUGUGUCAACAGCCGAGCGGGCGCUCCGGCGGGAUAUGGCGGGCUGUGUGGCCCGGCGGGCCCUGGCCGUGGGCAGCCGCUGGUGGUCCCGCUCGCUAACCGGGGUCCGGGGGCCGAGGCCGCUCUGUGCGUCGGGUGGAGCUGGGGCCUUCCCACCAGAGGCGACCACGACGACGCGGAGGCACCUCUCGUCCCGAAACCGACCAGAGGGCAAAGUUUUGGAGACGGUUGGUGUAUUUGAGGUGCCAAAACAGAACGGAAAAUAUGAGACCGGGCAGGUGAGUGCUGGGCUGGGUCAUCUGUCAUUUUCUUUUCUUUCUUUCUUUUUUAAAGAUUUUUCCAUUUAUUUGUGGGUACCCUUUCCAAUCAGCAAAGGUUUGCAGAACACCGCCCUGGUCCUGGCACUCAGGCACUCUGUGAAUGGACUCUGGAAGGGCUAUUUACAGAGGAGGUCCUAUGCCCGGCAUCUUUGCCCAGUGACCUCGGAUGUUGAGUGUGAGGUUCUCUUUCCCAGAAGCAGAAUGCAAGGCCCACGUCAGUGGCUGUGCUCCGGGAGGUGGUACUGGCCCGCAGUCAUUGUGGGAGGCCGGAGGGGGCAUCGUCCUGAUGAACUGGCAGCGUGUGGCCCCGGGGUACAGGGAGCUGGCCCGGCCUUACGGAUUUUGCCUGAACCCUCCCAGGAACCCGUGUUAUCCAAGGAGCAGCCCGCAUUCCAGUAUAGCAGCCAUGUCUCCCUGCAGGCUUCCAGCGGCCACAUGUGGGGCACGUUCCGCUUCGAGAGGCCUGAUGGUUCCCACUUUGAUGUCCGGAUCCCUCCCUUCUCCCUAGAAAGCAAUAAAGAUGAGAAGACACCACCCUCGGGCCUUCACUGGUAGGCCAGCUGAGGCUUGAGUGCCUAGGCUCGGCCCCUGAAGAACAGCUCUCAUCCCACAAUUGCUGCAGAACUCUCCACCAUGGGCCACAGUGGGUCUCUUUAUCGUUUGCGCCAUUUGAUUGUGGGGUUCUUUUUUGGUGGGUGGGUGUAAUCGUUUUCUCCAGAAGACCUGUGUAGGACUCCUCCAAGGCUGGCCUCCCCCGUAAGCCCUGGCUACACUGUGUUCCAGUAAACCUUUCCACCAGGACGUUUGUGUUCAGCUGCCACAGGCCUGGGGUUUCCUGGCCUGUCACACAAGUUGUUUGGAAUAUGAGGUUUGGUCAAUAAACCAGUGCACACCUGGCCCCCCUCGCCAUUUCUGCCCCCGGGGUCUCAGGCUCCCUUUUUGACGCAGUGGGGGCCCUUGGUUGCUGUCCUUGCUGCCUUUCCAGCAAACUGCCCCAUCUACUAGAGUGUAUCUCUUUCUCUCCUGAGGCUGGGGCUUGGCUGGACGUCUCCCAGGGUCACUGUGCCUCUCAGCCAGUGGGGUGGGGACUAGACUGGACUCCUGUUGUCUUCUUUACCCUCUGCCAGAUGCUGAGCAGGAGGCCAGCAUCAGGCUCGGGCUCUCAGCACUGGCCACCAUUGACAUCGCUGGCCUCCUUGGGCCUGGGAAGGAGUGAGGCAAGCAGUGUGAGUUCCCUGGAAUAACAGGCCUGCCAGCCGCGAGCUUCUAUCUGUCAGGCCUUUCCAGACCGCAAAUGCAGAAACUUAGCCGAGGAGGGGACUGAGCCAAGCUACUUUCUGAGCCGCUCGCAAAUCUCCAAGAGCCAGAGAUGAAAUGUGCUGCAUUUUCCCCCGAAUCUUAGAGAUUCCUGCUUCCCUACUACCAUAGUGAUUGUUAAAAGAGGUCGUUUUAUUCUUGAAAAAUAUUAAAUCUCAGUUCCAGCCCUUA